UUUGAGAGGCUAGUAGUUCAAUCAAAUUCAGUUUCAAAGUCGAAGUACUGAAUAUCUGUGCUCAAACUGACAACCCAAUUCUCCAUUUCUUAAUUAACCCUCCAAAGCUUCAAAACCCUAUAUAACCAGAACAAAACAAAACUUCCAUUUCAAUCUCAGUCUUUGAGUUGGUGGUGGAUACAAUGAUUGAGCGCAGAGAAAGAGAAGGACCCUUGAUGAAGAACAGCCCUCAAUCUCUACUCAUAUCAAGGAUCAUUACCACUGUAAUCAUUGGAGUUCUUACUGGAUGCAUCAUAGUUUUCUUUUUUCCUAAAGACUUCUUUGUUUCUCAGUCUAUUACCUCAAAUCGUCACCUACCUGUUGCUGUACCCAAGACCCAGGAAAGUUCAGCAGAAUCUGAAUCAUCAGAUAAAGUUAACAUGUUAAAAUCAGAAUUUGUGGCGCUCUUAUCAGAUAAAAAUGCAGAGCUGAAAAAACAAGUGAGUGAGUUGACGGAAAGGCUUCAGCUUGCAGAGCAAGGAAAAGACCAGGCAGAAAAAAUGUUGCUUGCAUUAGGUAAACAGGAAAAAGCUGGACCUUUUGGUACUGUCAAGGCAUUAAGAACCAAUCCUAAUGUUGCUCCUGAUGAAUCCGUGAACCCGAGAUUGGCAAAUAUAUUAGAUAAAAUCGCAGUUAAACAAGAGAUCAUAGUUGCCCUUGCAAACUCCAAUGUUAAGGAGAUCCUGGAAGUCUGGUUCACUAAUAUCAAGAGAGUUGGUAUAUCUAAUUAUCUAGUUGUUGCCUUAGACGAUGAGAUUGCAAAGUUUUGUGAAUUGAAUCAAGUCCCAUUUUACAAAAGAGACCCGGAUAAUGGUAUUGAUGCUGUUGGAAAAAGAGGAAAGAGAACGGCUGUCUCCGGGCUUAAAUUUCGUAUUCUAAGGGAAUUUUUGCAGCUGGGAUAUAGCGUUCUUCUAUCAGACACCGAUAUUAUAUAUUUGCAGAAUCCUUUUGAUCAUUUAUACCGUGAUUCGGAUGUUGAGUCCAUGAGCGAUGGUCAUAAUAACAUGACAGCUUAUGGCUACAACGAUAUCUAUGAUGAGCCCGUGAUGGGUUGGUCUCGAAUAGUUCAUACAACUAGGAUAUGGGUUUACAAUUCUGGUUUCUUCUAUAUUAGACCAACCAUUCCUUCAAUUGAGCUUUUGGAUCGUGUGGCGGCAAGGCUUUCCAAGGAGAAAGCAUGGGACCAAGCCGUUUUUAACGAGGAACUCUUUUAUCCAUCGCAUCCUGGUUAUGACGGGCUUCAUGCUGCUAAAAGGACUAUGGAUAUGUACCUUUUUAUGAAUAGUAAAGUUCUUUUCAAGACAGUGAGGAACGAUGCUAAACUCAGUAAAUUGAAACCGGUAAUUAUUCACGUGAAUUACCACCCUGAUAAGCUUCCGCGAAUGAAAGCAGUUGUUGAAUAUUAUGUUAAUGGGAACCAAGAUGCUCUCAAACCUUUCCCUGAUGGCUCAAAGUGGUAACCUUGUUUCUGUGUCUUAGGAGCACAAUGACUUAUGCAUAUACCCUUAUUUUGGUACUGUAACAUUUGUCGUAUGCUAAUUUAAUUUUUUUGGUGUUUUAUCUCAUCUUCAUAAACACAUUGUGCAAGCUUAUGUGCAAUGUUAGGGAAUUAGGAACUUUGGGUGAAAGGCAUUGGAAAAUACAUGAAAUAAGACACAUUUGUAAACAAAGUAUGAAACCUGGAAUAAAGUUUAUACGAAACUAUAGUGGUCUUGUACUCAUGUUUAUAUUUUGUUAUUAUGUUGGGAGCUUUAUAGCAUUGGGUUUGACUUUUUUGUA